ACAGCUGAGCUGGACAAACCACUGCCCGCUCUGAUUGGCUGAAGCCCAGCAGGGUUCAGGGAUAAAAGAGCAGCUCGCUCCUUCAACACAUCAUCGUCAUCACCAUGGCCUUCCUCUGGAUCGUCUCCUGCCUCGCCUUCGUCAGCGCCGUCUACGGCUGCGGCACCCCCGCCAUCCCCCCCCAGGUGACCGGCUACGCCCGUAUCGUCAACGGUGAGGAGGCGGUGCCUCACUCCUGGCCCUGGCAGGUGUCUCUGCAGCAAUCCAACGGCUUCCACUUCUGUGGAGGAUCUCUGAUCAACGAGAACUGGGUUGUGACCGCCGCUCACUGCAACGUCAAGACCUACGACCGCGUGAUCGCUGGAGAACACGAUAAGAGCUACGGCUCCAACGAGGACGUCCAGCUGCUGAAGCCCGCCAAGGUGUUCACCCACCCCCAGUGGAACCCCCGCACCAUCAACAACGACAUUGCCCUCAUCAAGCUGGCCACCCCCGCCCGCCUGGGCACCAACGUUUCACCUGUCUGCCUCGCAGAGUCCGCCGAUGUCUUCGCCGCCGGCAUGACCUGCGUCACCACCGGCUGGGGUCUGACCCGCUACAACGCUGUCGGUACUCCCAACAAGCUGCAGCAGGCUGCCCUGCCCCUGCUGUCCAACGAGCAGUGCAAGAGACACUGGGGCAGCAACAUCUCCGACGUGAUGAUCUGUGCUGGAGGAGCCGGAGCCACUUCCUGCAUGGGCGACUCUGGUGGACCUCUGGUCUGUCAGAAAGACAACGUCUGGACUCUGGUCGGUAUCGUCUCCUGGGGAAGCAGCCGUUGCUCCACCUCCACUCCUGCCGUCUACUCCCGUGUCACCGAGCUCCGUGGCUGGGUCGACCAGAUCCUCGCAGCCAACUAAACUCUCAGAGGCUAAGGGGCAACCCCCAAACCCCCUGACCCCCUGACCCCCUGACCCCCAAACCCCCAAACCCCCUGACCCUGCCCAGCCCGGCACGGCCCGGCCCGGUCCAGCCCGGCAUUCCCAGAGCAGAGUGUGUGGACAAUGAAUGAUAAUAAAAACAGUGAACAUCA